AUGAAAACAGUAGCUAUUAUUGGUGGUGGUGUAAGCGGUUUAAUUUGUAUUAAAUGUUGUUUGGAUGGUGGUCUAACACCAGUAUGUUAUGAAAUGACUAAUGAUAUUGGUGGACUUUGGAAUUAUGAUGCCAAUGCAGUAGAUGGCAAAGCAAGCGUUAUGAAAUCUACAGUAAUUAAUACAUCGAAAGAAUUUAUGGCAUUUAGUGAUUAUCCACCACCAAUUGAAUAUCCAAAUUAUAUGCAUAAUACGAAAUUAUUAUCAUAUUUUCGAAUGUAUGCAGAAAAAUUUAAUUUAAAAGGCUAUAUUCGUUUUCGACGACGUGUUACUCGUAUUCAACCUGCUGUUGAUUAUGAACAAACAGGUUGUUGGAUGAUAUUCAGUGUUGAUGCAGAAGAGGAAUCUAAUGAAAUAUGCGAAAAAUAUGAUACAGUUAUGUUAGCAACUGGACAUCAUGCACAUCCAAGAUGGGUUGAUUUUCCGGGCUUAGAUAAUUUUAAAGGUCAAAAAUUACAUAGUUGGCAAUAUAAAACUCCUCAUGGUUUUGAAGAUAAAACUGUAGUUGUUAUUGGUAUUGGCAAUUCUGGAGCAGAUAUGGUUGUAGAAUUAGGUCGUUUUGCCAAACAGGUUUAUCUAAGUACUCGCCGUGGUACAUGGGUUUUGAAUCGUGUUGGACCUAAUGGUUGGCCAUUAGAUAUGUAUGCAACAAAUUCAAUGACUGCAGCAAUUCAGAAUUAUUUUCCAUCGUUAACAAAUUGGAUGUUGGAAAGAGAAUUAAGUAAAAGAUUUAAUCAUGAAUUAUAUAAUCUUAAACCUAAUCAUCGUCCUUUACAACAACAUACAUGUUUAAAUGAUGAUUUACCUAAUCGAAUCAUAUGUGGUGCUGUAAUAGUUAAACCAAAUAUAAAAGAAUUUACAGCUGAUGGUCAUGGUGUCAUAUUUACUGAUGGUACAAAAAUUGAUCAUGUCGAUUGUAUACUUAUGGCAACAGGUUUUAGUAUUGUAUUUCCAUAUUUAGAUGAAAAAAUUCUUACUGUUCAAGACAACAAAAUUCGACUUUAUAAAUAUGUUUGGCCAUCUCAUAUGACUCAUCCAACACUUGCUGUUAUGGGUCUUAUUCAACCAUUAGGUGCAAUUAAUCCUAUAACAGAACUUCAAGCACGUUGGGCUAUUCGAGUAUUUAAAGGCGAAUUAAAACUGCCAUCACGUCUCAUGAUGGAUGAAGAUAUCGAUGAGAAAAUUCAUCGAAUGGCGGAAAGAUAUGUUUCAUCACCUCGACAUACUGUUGAAGUUGAUUAUGUAGAUUAUUGUGAUGAAAUAGCUGAUCAAGUUGGUUGUCGACCAGGUAUAUUCAAGUUUUUAUUGAAUGAUUUUAAACUUGGUUGGAGUUUAUUAUCGGGAGCGUUUACACCUUAUCGAUAUCGUUUGCAAGGUCCAAAUCAAUGGGAAGGUGCUCGAGAUGCCAUCUUAACACAAAAUGAAAGAGUCGAAUAUCCUCUAUGUGCUGGACGCAAUAAACAACAAGGAAAAUUUCAACUUGAAUGGGCACCAAUGUUUUCUAUUAUAUGUUUUCUACUGUUAUCUAUUAUUUUAUAUCAAGUUUUUCUAUAA